CUUAGCGUGACCUCUACUGCAGUUGAAAACAUUUGGGAACCGAGCUUGAAUGAAUUGGUCAUUGAAAUAUAAUUGCAGCAGUUUGAUUUAUAAAUUAAUUAAUCUUAAAUAUCACCAACUUCAGAAAGGCUUAUGUGCUCCGCGCCGCUCGAUUUCCGACUCGGGGAGCUUAGUGUGACAGUUGUCGGCGUUAAGUCCAUUUCAGCACAACUGCAUCAACAUGGGGGUGAUCGGUGUGCAGCUGGUGGUUACUAUGGUAAUGGCCAGUGUAAUUCAGAAGAUCAUUCCUCAUUAUUCCUUUGCAAGAUGGCUACUCUGCAGUGGCAGUCUGCGGUGGUACCAGCACCCUACGGAAGAUGAGUUGAGGAGCCUUGCCGGAAAGCAACAAAAAACUAAGAGCAAGAAAGACCGGAGGAACAAUGGCCACAUAGAGAACAAGCCUCUGACCAUUCCCAAGGACAUAGACCUGCAGCUGGAGACCAAGUGCAUCACAGAAGUGGACACGUUAGCGUUGCACUACUUCCCAGAGUUCCAGUGGUUGGUGGACUUCACUGUGGCUGCCACAGUGGUGUAUCUGAUCACAGAGCUGUACUACACAGUGGCCCAGCCCUCUGGGGAGAUGAACAUCAGCGUGGUGUGGUGCCUGCUCGUCCUCGCCUUCGUCAUUAAGACCCUGUUCUCCCUGACGGCCUUCUACUUCAAGCUGGAGGAAGGUGGCGAGCGCUCGCUCUGCAUCACCUUCGCUUUCUUCUUUUUUGUCAAAGCCAUGGCCAUCCUCAUCGUCACUGAGAACUACCUGGAGUUUGGCCUGGAGACAGGUUUUGCAAAUUUCUCUGAAAGUGCCACACAGUUUUUGGAAAACCAGGGGUUAGAGUCCCAGGGUCCCAUAUCUAAACUCACCUUUAAGCUGAUCCUGGCCUUGCUCUGCUCUCUGAUUGGUGCAUUCCUCACCUUUCCCGGCCUACGAUUGGCUCAAAUGCACCUGGACGCCCUCAACCUGACCACAGCCAAAGUCACACAGACUUUGCUUCAUAUCAACUUCCUUUCCCCUCUUAUUAUGGUACUGCUGUGGGUGAAGCCUAUAACCAAGGACUACCUCCUGAAUCCUGCCCUGGGGAAGGAGAGUAUGCCUUUGAUGACUGAGGAGACCUAUGACACGUUGCGGUUGUGGGCCAUCCUGCUGCUGUGUGUGCUGCGCCUGGCCAUGAUGAGGCACCACCUCCAGGCCUACCUCAACCUGGCCCAGAAGGGCGUGGAGCAGAUGAAGAAGGAGGUGGGACGCAUCAGCACCAUUGAUCUGCAGAAGAUGGUGGCCCGUGUUUUCUACUACCUAUGUGUAAUCGCACUGCAGUAUGUGGCACCCUUGGUGAUGUUGCUGCAUACAACCUUCCUGCUAAAAACCUUAGGUGGACACUCCUGGGGGGUGUACUCUGAGGAAGACCUCCCCUGCCCAAUGGAGAUUAACUCUGACCCUGCUGUGGUUGCAGUAGCAACUGCAGCUCCAGGGCUGGCUGUGGUGGCUCAGGCAUCAGUGGUCCAGCUGUCGGUGGCCCUCGGGGGCCUGCGAACAGUAUUCACCCCCCUACUUUUCCGUGGCCUCCUCUCCUUCCUCACCUGGUGGAUCGCUGCCUGCCUCUUUUCCACCUCCAUCUUCGGCCUCUUCUACCACCAGUAUCUCAUGGCGGCAUAGCAGCAUUCCCCCAGGGUCAGGGUGGUGUCCCACUGGGCUCUGUUCCAGCCCCGUUCAGAAACAACUGUGUGGGGCAGGGCUCUAAGGACAACCCUUCUCCUCUCCCACAGCCACGUCACUCAUGACCAUAUCUGCAGAGAACCCCUGGUUCACCCCCCAGUGCUUCCUUCAUGGAUGACUCUUAACUUGACUUUUACUACCUUUUUAUUUUGAGAGCAGGAUUCAUAAAUCCUUAACAAAAAGACACUAAUAUAAAUGAGAGUAAUGGUAAUAUUUAUGAGCGUACAGUCUUAAACAGAGCAGCAGAGAACCUUGUGGUGGUGGGGGGCUGUGGAUGUUGUCAAGGGAUGUGUGAACUAAAGCAGCCAAUAAGAGGUCACCACUGCGAUGCUUGUCCAACUGGAGAAGGAGGGGACACCUCACUGGGAGAGUCCCUGCUGAGAUCCCGUCACUUGAAACUGUUAAAUUUAAAUAUGUCUAACUGGCUACCAAGGACGAAAAUGGGUUUUUAAAUGUACGUUCCUUAUGAUUUCUGAAAUAUUUUAUCCCCCCUUUACUGUCCCUGGUACAAACUGAGCCAUACUGGAAGAGCUGAGAGAAACGUGUGCCCCUUCUGACCAGUUGUGACGACAGUCAGGGAGGGAAGCAACACACAGGCCUUGGUCAAGGGAAUGGUACGUGUGAAUGUGAGUAAGAUCCCUGCUGUUAGGUUGGUGUACAACUAAAAGGGCAUUUUGAUCAAUAGGAGAAGUGUCAAGUCAAAUGCCAAUUGUAAGUUACAGCCUCUUUCCUCCACCCUCCCCUGUCCCUGUCCACCCCUUGUAGAGCCAGUAGGGAAACUACCAUUUUUAGGUCUUCUGUUUUUGUUUCAUGGAUCAAAUUGUGAAUUUAGAAAUGUGUUUUUAUUUGAAAGAGCUGCCAAGUAAGAGUGGGCUGUAAGAUUUGAUGACUGAUAGUUUUAUAGCAACAAUGCGGCCUUCUGUCUUCAGAGUCCCCAUGAGGAACCAAUAGAGCACAAGUGUGUACUCAGAACAAGAUAUGCACAAGUGUAUAUGUACAGACUUUCAUAGGCUUACUGACACUCUCUCUCUCACACACACACACACACACACACACACACACACACACACAUAUAUACAUAUAUAUCUCUCACAAGCUCAAACACAGGGAUAAUUGGCCAGCCCGGAGUAAAGAACAGUUGUCUGGACAGAGUGGUAUACCACAAAGCAGGGUCAAUGAGUUAGCCAGAUAACUUUGACAAACAGUUUACUUAAUGGUUCAUUAAGAACGCUAAACAUAGAUACAGUACCAGUCAAAAGUUGGACACACCUACUCAUUCAAGGGUUUUUCUUUGUUCUUACAAUUUUCUACAUUGUAGAAUAAUAGUGACGACAUCAAAACUAUGAAAUAACACAUGGAAUCAUGUAGUAACAAAAGAAGUGUUAAACAAAUCAAAAUAUAUUUCAGAUUCUUGAAGGUCGCCACCUGUUGCUUUGAUGACAGCUUUGCACACUCUUGGUAUUCUCUCAACCAGCUUCACCUGUAAUGCUUUUCCAACCGUCUAGAGGGAGUUCCCACAUAUGCUGAGCACUUGUUGGCUGCUUUUCCAUCACUCUGUGAUCCAACUCAUCCCAAACCAUCUCAAUUGGGUUGAGGUUGGGUGAUUGUGGAGGCCAUCACUCUCCUUCUUGGUCAAAUGGCCCUUACACAGCCUGGAAGUGUGUUGGGUCAUUGUCCUGUUCAAAACAAAUGAUAGUCCUACCAUGCUUCACGGUGGGAACCACACAUGUGGAGAUCAUUAUUGUGGAGAUCAUUACCAAAAAAAAUCGCAAAUUUGGACUCAUUAGACCAAGGACAGAUUUCCACCGGUCUAAUAUCCAUUGCUCAUGUUUCUUGGACCAAGCAAGUCUCUUCUUCUUAUUGGUGUCCUUUUAGUAGUGGUUUGUUUGCAGCAAUUCGACCAUGAAGGCCUGAUUCACGCAGUCUCCUCUGAACAGUUGAUGUUGAUAUGUGUCUGUUACUUAAACUUAGUGAAGCAUUUGUUUUGGCUGCAAUCUGAGGUGCAGUUAACUCUAAUGAACUUAUCCUCUGCAGCAGAGGUAACUCUGGGUCUUCCAUUCCUGUGGCGAUCCUCAUGAGAGCCAGUUUUAUCAUAGCGCUUGAUAGUUUUUGCGAUGGAACUUAUCAUUUUUUAAAUAUAAAAAAAAAAAAACUUUUUACCCCUUUUUCUCCCCAAUUUUGUGGUAUUCAAUUGGUAGUUAGUCUUGUCUCAUCGCCGCAACUCCUGUAAGGACUCGGAGAGGCUUAUGUCGCGAGUCAUGCGUCCUCCUUAACACACCCCAACCAAGCCGCACUGCUUCUUGACACAAUGGCCUCUUAACCCGGAAGCCAGCCACACCAAUGUGUCGGAGGAAACACUGUACACCUGGCAACCUUGUCAGCCUGCAUGUGCCUGGCCCGCCACAGGAGUUGCUAGAGCACGAUGGGACAAGGACAUCCCUGCCGGCCAAACCCUCCCUUAACCAGGACAACGCUGGGCCAAUUGUGUGCUGCCCCAUGGGUCUCACAGUCGUGGCCACAGUUGUGGCUGACUCAAACCAGUAUCUCUAGUGGCACAGCUAGCAACUGCGAUGCAGUACCUUAGGCCACAGCGGCACCCGCUGCCACUACUGAACUUGAAGAAACUUUCAAUGUUCUUGAAAUGUUCCCGGAUUGACUGACCUUUAUGUCAUAAAGUAAUGAUGGAUUGUUGUUUUCUCCUUGCUUAUUUGAGCUAUUCACUGCAAAGGAUGGCUACUUUGAAGUAUCUCAAAUAUAAAAUAUAUUUUGAUUUGUGUCUCGCUUUUUUGGUUACUACAUGAUUCCAUGUGUUAUUUCAUAGUUUUGAUGUCUUUGCCAUUCCACAAUGUAGAAAAUAGCAAAACUUCCACGAGUAGGCGUGUCCAAACUUUUGACUCGUACGGUAUGUUUUUGGAUGUCGAGUACGUUAGACCGUGCCCAUUUCAAGCUUUUAAAGAGCGGUCAAAAGUCUUCACUUGUUCUUAUUUAUUUAAAAGGUGGAGGGUAUGCACACUAUGAAUGUAUCAAUCCUGCCUAAUUUCAGAUGUUUCUUUGUGAUAAAUUAUUGUUAUGUGAUUUUAAUUUGUACCCUCAACGGUUAAUGACUGCACUUGGCUCCUAUUCCUAGCCCUAUGCCUCGUGAUUAGGUCAACAGAAGAUUCUUUUUUACCUCUGAACACCAUGUUUUCUUUUGUGACCAACUUAUUUAGUUUGGUCAUUUUUCUUUUUCAGAGGGGGGUUACAAGCACUAAAACAAUCAAAUAAAAGAAUAUGAAGCUAAGCCUGACCCCAUCCCCCUCCACCCGCCCACAUCCUCCCUACUCACUCGGAAACUGGGUUUUAAGUUCAAUAUAUUUUGGGGCCUGUAAAAAAAAUAUAUAUAAUCUUAACACCAAGCAUUGUAUUAUUGGACUAUGAUGUUUUCAAUCAGUUCAGAAACGUGUACAAGACAAAUCGCAUCUUUUUAGAUAUAUAUUUCCCCUGAUAUGUCAAAAGUAGCUGGGAUACUUUUACAAUCCAUUGGCCAAAAAGGUGUUGUUUGACUUGUCUGUCACCACUUUAGUGUUUUAUUUAGUUAAAAAGUAUUACUAUUCCUCCAUGUAUUUAUUUUUUUCUGGUUUAGUUUGUUUUUAAUAAAUUCCAAUCAUUACCAUGUGUUUUGGAA